AUGAUAUGGCGUCUUUGGAGCCCGUUACUUGUACUCAGCUAUAUCUCUACAUUAAUACUAGCAGAACAAGUUGAAUUCAAUAUUUAUGAAGACGAUGCCAACUUUCCGGCAGGUGAACAACUCGUGAACAACAACACAACCACUCCCCUCGCGUCCAAGUACGCAACACUUGCCAACAAUUCAUUACUAUGGGGCCCAUACAGAUCAUCAUUAUAUUUUGGUGUUCGACCACGAAUCCCUAAAUCAUUACUUUCAGGAUUAAUGUGGUUCCCCAUCACUGAUUAUCAAUCAAUUGGCAAAAUACGCCAUUUUUACGAACAGUUUGAUAGAAUGGGCAAAGCCAAUUGGGUAUCUUAUGAUCCAAGAGUUGGUGGUCGCCAAUUGAUUCAAGAUGAUGAGUCACAUUUUGACAUUAUUAUUGAUUUUGUCAAAUCUCAAGACGGGUUAUCUUGGGCCGUGAAAGUGAAAGCUACACCUCAUAAGGGGUACGAAGAUUCAAUCAUUUCCUUUGUUUGGUAUUCGGGAUUGGAAGGGGAGAAAGAUACUGUAGAUGAGAUUACUGGUCAAAAGGAACGAAGCGGAUAUUUUCGAUUGGAUAAUAGUGCCAAAGAAGGUGGAUAUGAAGGAACAUUGAAAUUUGGUGGAAUUUCUGAAGAAUUGGGUGCAUUCAGCCUUGAUAUCAAUGAUGGACCAAAAACUAAUAAACAUCCGAGGGGAAAACUGGGCGUCAACAGGGAAUUAGAUCCAUAUUUGACUCAUCAUUUAAGUCUUACUGUACCCGAUGGAAAUAUAUGGCAAGCUCGUGAUAUCUUUGUUACCAUAUUACAAGAAUCAGUGAAGCAGAUCGUCGAUGCAAGUAAUAAUGGACAAGUUGACAAAUUACCACCAGAGAAUCUUUUUGUUAUUCGAGAUUUGUAUCAUUUUGAAGGUAAUUUACAUUUUGUGCAAAAAAUUUAUCAAGGUGCAUGUGAAUUUGAUGUGAUUUAUACCAAUGCCUUUACACCAAAACCGAAUCAAUUGACUUUUGAAAAUCUUCCAAAACGAAUCGAUGAAACUUUGCUGAAGUUGGAUAAUGAUUUUGCAUCACAUUUCCAAAUGCAGCCACCAUUCAAUACUAAGCCAUAUUAUGAAUUUGCUAAGGAAAUGUUAUCGGGAUUACUUGGUGGAAUCACCUACAUGUAUGGUGACCAUUUAGUCGAUAGAGAAACCGUGUUUGAUGAGGAUACAUUUGAAUCAUAUCAAUUAAAAGGGUCCUUUGAAGGACCAUAUGAGCUAUUCACCUUGGUGCCAUCGCGUCCCUUUUUCCCUCGUGGCUUCUACUGGGAUGAGGGAUUCCAUUUGUUGCCUCUAUUAAAUUAUGAUUCCGAUUUGGUGUUGGAUAUUGUGAAAUCAUGGUUUGAUUUGAUUGAUGAUGAUGGGUGGAUAGCUAGAGAACAAAUUUUGGGUACUGAGGCAAGAUCAAGAGUUCCCAAGGAGUUUCAAGUUCAAAGUCCCCAUAUUGUUAACCCGCCUACAUUGACUUUAGUUUUGAGUAAAUUAUUGGAUUUUGCAGCAACAGCUGCGUCGGGGCUAAGAGGAAGCUCUGACUCAUUCGGGGAUAUUAAUCAGCCCAUAGACAUGGAGACUGAAAAUAGUUUGGAUGAUGGAAAUGGGGAUGUGCCGUUGGGUAAAUUCAUUUUGAACAACCCUGAAGUCUUGGUCAAUUACACCAAAGAUGUAUAUCCCAAAUUGAAAUCUCAUUUUGAAAUGUUUCAAAAAACACAACAAGGUUUUAUCCCCAAUGAAGAUGACGACGACGAUGACGACGGCGACAAUUCAACCGGAUCAGUCAAGAACAAACGAGUUUAUAGAUGGAGAGGCAGCACAAUGACCCAUUGUUUAGCUAGUGGUAUUGAUGACUAUCCCCGCUCAUCACCACCUGAUAUUGCCGAUUUGAAUGUCGAUUUGAUAUCGUGGAUCGGUGUUAUGUCGAAAUCACUUCGUUUAAUGGCGGAAAUCUUGGGUACUGAUGAUAGCGAAGUACAAGAGUUGAAACAAUUUGAACAGGAUAUUAUCGCCAAUAUCCAAUCGGUUCAUUGGUCACCAAAACAUGAAACGUAUUGCGAUGUGACUUUAAACGAAGAUGAUGAACUUGUGCAUGUAUGCCACAAGGGAUACGUUUCAUUGCUUCCAUUUAUAACCCACUUAAUCCCAGUUGAUGAUGUUGAUAAAUUGCAAAGUGUCAUUAAUUUAAUCACUGACCCAAUGGAAUUGUGGUCACCUUUCGGUAUACGAUCAUUAUCAAGAUCAGAUGAGUUUUACAAGACUAGUGAAAAUUAUUGGCGAUCACCCAUUUGGAUUCAUAUCAAUUACUUGAUUUUGCAAAAUAUUCAAGAAUAUUAUAUUGAUUCGUCAACGUAUAUGACGCAAGAGUUGAAGAAGAAGUUUGCUGAUGCCUACCAUGAUUUGAGAAUAAAUUUGGUCAAUAAUGUGUAUAAACAAUGGUUAAAGACUGGAUUUGUUUGGGAACAAUAUGAUGAUGACACUGGUGAGGCCAAGGGAGCUAAGAAUUUCUUGGGGUGGACUUCAACCAUCUUGUUGAUUAUGACCAUGCCAGAAAACAUAUAG